CAGAGGCAGACGGAUGUCCAUGUGGUGUGGCAAUGGAAUAUGACAUAUGACCUGCCAUGCAGGAUACUGAAUCACUGGAUGUCAUUUCCCCAGAAUGUGAUUUUCAGGCACUUUUGAUAUUUUAGCAUUUUAGUUUGAUGCCCGUGUCCAGAGCCUGCUGUUCAGAGGAAGAGGGGAUCUGUCCCAGCUAGAGCAGUUGUGUUGGGAUUGUGCUUUGCUCCAGCCUUCACACCACAUUUUAUCCAGCCAUGUCCUGACCCCGAUCCUCAGAUGGUGCAAACGGAUACAGCUCCAUGGACUGAACGGGAGCCAGGCCAAUAGACACCUGUGUGGUAACUCAUCACCCCACUGAGUCGCUGGGAAGGGCGCUGUGCAUCAUGGACACCUACAUCACAAGAGAUCACUGUGGGGAAUAGGGGCCGUUCUAUGUAUCUCUCGAAUCCCCACUCCUGUCUGUGCCCUUCUCUCCGCAGCCACCACACUGUGAACCGAAGAAGAAAAUGUCCAACCGAAGUACUGUGACCGAAUUCCUUCUCCGGGGGUUUUCUGAUGUCCGGGAGCUGCAGGUUUUGCACUUUGUGGUGUUCUUGGUGCUUUACCUGACAACCCUGAUGGGGAAUCUUCUCAUCAUCUCAGCCAUUGUCUUUGACCAUCGUCUUCACACCCCCAUGUAUUUCUUCCUGGGGAAUCUGGCCAUUAUUGACCUUGGCUCCAUCUCUGUCACCGUCCCCAAAUCCAUGACCAACUCCCUCCUGAACACUACAGUGAUUUCUUAUGCUGGGUGUGUCACGCAAGUCUUUCUCUAUUUCAUCUUUGGUGCAACUGAUGUUUCCUUGCUCACCAUCAUGGCCUAUGACCGGUACAUCGCCAUCUGCCAGCCGCUGCACUAUGAGAGAGUAAUGAACAGGAGAGCUUGUGUCCACAUGGCCACAAGUGCCUGGAUCACUGGUAUUGUGUACUCUGCCCUGCACACUGGGAACACCUUCAGAUUACUCUUCUGUCAGUCCAACGUCAUUAACCAGUUCUUCUGUGAAAUCCCCGCGCUACUGAAACUGGCCUGCUCUGACUCCUAUAGCAAUGAAGUUGGUGUCCUUGCCUUUAGUGUGUUUGUAGCUUUGAAUUGCUUUGCUUUAAUCAUUGUGUCGUAUGUUCAGAUCUUCAAAGCAGUGCUAAGAAUCCCCUCGGAGCAGGGUCGGCACAAAGCCUUCUCCACCUGCCUCCCCCACCUCGCUGUGGUCUCCUUGUUUCUUUGUACUGGGUCCUUUGCCUACCUGAAACCCACCUCUAGCUCAGAAUCAAAUCUGGAUCUUUUGGUGGGUGUUCUCUAUAUCGUGGUGCCUCCCAUGAUGAAUCCGGUCAUCUACAGUAUGAGGAACAAGGAGAUCAAAACUGCAUUGAAGAAACUUAUUGCGUGUAGGGUAUUCUCCAAGAAUUAA